GGCAAAAGUAGUGGCAGUAGGCUGGAAAGUGAAGGAACCUUCAUACCAGUCAAGUUUGUGGAAUGGGCAGCACCAAUCAUACCAAUUUUGAAGCCCAGUGGGUCAGUUCACCUUAGUGGAGAUUUCAAACAAAUGUAAGUUGCUUUUUGUAGCUGGAUAAGUACCCAGUCCCUUGAAUAGAGGAUUUAUAUGCAAAGCUAGACAUGAGCCAUGCUUAUUUGCAGUUACAUUUAGACCAGGAUUCCCAGAAGUAUGUUCCAAUUAAUACCUAAUAAGGACUUGUACCAAUAUAUGAGACUGUCAUUUGUGGUGUCAUCAGCCUGUUUAGCGAAUGAUGAAGAACAUUUUCCAAGGUCAACUUCGUGUUGCCAUUUACCUGGAUGAUGUCCUAAUAACAAGAAGAACUGAUAUAAGGAGUACUUAGAGAACUUGGAUGCAGUCCUAGGGCAUUUUUCGAAGGGAAGCAUACACCUACGAAGGGAAAAUGUGUAUCCCAGGCCUCCCAUGUGACCUACAGAGUGGACAAGACUGGGUUACACUUGUUGGAAGAUAAAGCGAGUGAGAUUAAAGGUGCCUUAGCUCUCUCUCGUCUGUACAAGAGUUUAGGUCAUUUCUUGGGCUGAUAAAUUAUUAUAGAAAGUUCAUAUUUAACCUGGCAUCCACUUGGCACCUUUGUAUCAACAUGUAAAAAUGGGUUAGUCUUGGAAAUGAUCACAUACAGAAAUCCUCGCUUUCGAUGAAGUAAAGAAACUGUUACCAUCCUGUAACGUGUUUGGCACACUCUGAUCCAAAGAAAGGUCUGGUGUUCACGUGUGAUGCCUACCUGUAAGGCAGCACUGUUGUAUUAGCUCAUCGGUGGCCCAAAUGAGAGGAACACCCAAUAACGUAUGCAUCCAGGACUUUGGCUAAUGCAGAGCAUAAAUGCGGCCAGAUUAUAAAGAGGGAUUGGCAGUCAUAUGUUGAGUCAGGAAGUUCUACCAAUACCUCAAUGGAUGAAAAUUUGUGACGAUCACGGACCACAAACCCUGACUUCGUCUGCGUAAAGAGGACAAGGCAGUGUUGCCUAUAAUCUUCAGGCCACUUUCAGCGGUGGGCUCUAAUACUAAGUGCUUAUGACUACAGGUGAGAAUACUGUCUGGGAGGCUGAGUAGCCAAUGUGGAUCUGCCUUUUGUAAGCAGAUACAUCAUUGGAAAAAUUUGUAAUGGUACUAAAUUAUCUGGGCAUACUUCCAGUCACGGCUGACAAUAUCAGACUUUGAAUGCCAAAAGAUCCAGUACUUUCAUAACUGAAACAAGUAUUAAUGGGGCUGUCACAACUAGAAUUCAAACUCUCAUGGACACAGAGAGACCAGCUGUUGGUAGAGAUUGGCAUAUUGUUAUGGGUAGUGAGAGCAAUUGUCCUGAGCAGAGGUAGUUAUCACGUUCUGGCUGACCUCCACCAGGGCCAUCCAGGGGUCUGUGAAAUGAAGAGGGUGGUGAGGAGCAAUGUUUGAUGGCCAGGCUUGAAUGCAGACUUGUCUGUGUAGUUGGACAGCACCCAGAGUGUCAACAAGGACAAAAAGUACUGCCAUCAGGUUCUCCACAUCCAUGGGAAUGGUGGGGUAAAUCUUAUAUGCAGUUACAUGUUGACUAUGUAGUUCUUUCAUGGAUUCAUUGUUUUUAGUUAUUGUAGGUGCCCAUUCAACGUAGUUGGGCAUGCAUUGAAUCCCCUUGUCAGAUAUGGGGAUAAUGAUAGAAAAACUACACACAUCAUUUGUGUCACAGAUUCCUGGAUGUUUUGAUCAAGGCAACUGGCCAUUGUUUAUCAGCAGGGAGUUUAGUUACGUCUUAAAGUUGAAUGGGAUUCGACAUAUUAGGCCAUCUCCAUACCACCUAUUAUCUAAUAUCCUGGCAGAAAAAGUGGUACCAAUCUUGAAGGUUGUACUGAAGAAACAGCCUAUAGCUUCACUAGAUACCAAGUUGUCACGUUUCUUGUUUGGUCAUUGAACCACCCCACAUGCAACUACAUGGAUAGCACUGGUAUAUCACUAAUGGAUAGAAGACUUUACACCAGGCUAAUCUGAUCUUCCCAGACCUGGUUGAAGGUGAAAUGGCUUAAGGAACGCCAGUGCCAGAUGCAAGACUCCACCAAGCAAGAAAGAUGGCUGGAGACAGUGGAUGAAGUUUGAUGUAAAAUAUGGCCCCACAUGGGUAAGAAACAAGAUCGACACGAGAUCAAGACUAGUGACUUAUAACAUUUGGUGCAACUGUUCUGAAUAAGCAUGCGGACCAUUUAAAAGCUGCAAAUUUGCAGACAAUAUGGAAGCAAAACUUGCCCUGCCCCUCGAAGCCUUCAAAAAUACUUAAGGCACUCCUUGAUUCACGUUCUUCAUCAAAUACUAUUGAGUGCUGUGCAUCAGAGAUGGACAUGACAGAGGUUGCCUCCUCAACACUUCUGGCCCCUGAAGAAGGGAGUGACAGCGUAUCAGGUGUGCAAGGGGCAAGCUCCCAUUCAUUAUACCCCUCCUGUGUUGGAUUCUGAGUUGGAGGAAUCUGACUCAGUAUUAAAAAAACACUCCAGGAGACCUUGUGUCUGUGGACUUAGAGGGGGAGGGAUGUAGUGAUUAUAACGAGGUCAGCCAGCUGAACAUCAUAAAAUAUAUGUUUCCUGAUUGGCCCAGAUUAACAGCCCCAAUCAGGGAGAUCUAGUGACCUAAAGGGGUGAAUGUCCAGGAUAUUGGGGCUCUGCGUGCUUGACUCAGUGAGAGGGAGUGCUAUUGUCAAAGACUAUGCAUUUGUAAAUAAAGGGUGAUGGAAUGCCGGCCUGUGGAGUGGUGUAUUUUAGGCAGUCUUUGGGGAAUCUGGAGGAAACUGAAGAAGUGUUUGUACAAGGAACUAUUGAGGGAUUGGAACCAGGAAAACAUGGACUUUACGUUUGUUCUUUGGGCAACAUUACUAAUGGGUAUAUGAGUUCAGGAGUUCAUUAUAACCCCUGUGAAAAAAGACAUGGUGGACCAGAAGAUGCAGACAGACAUGUUGGUGACCUGGGUAACGUUGAAGCCAAUGAUGAUGGUGUUGCUAAGUUUGAAAUGCAUGAUCGACUUCUUCGCUUGGCAGGAAAUUAUUCAAUAAUUGGACGCACUUUGGUGGUUACAGAGAAUGAAGAUGACCUGGGUAAAGGUGAAAAUGAUGAAAGUGCUGCAACAGGAAAUGCUGGAAAAGGUUUAGCCUGGGGUAUAAUUGGAAUAGCUAACAAAUAAAAGAAACAGUAGCACAAAAAUGAAAUUAGGAAUAACCUGUAGUGUGCUGAAUAAUAAAACAAAGUAGGCUUCAGUAUAAGUGAGAGUUUUACACAGUAUUUGAAAAUGCCCUUUAUGAAGAUCCCGUUACAUUAUGUAUCUUUGUUCUUUGCAGUAAAAUUUUAUGUCACUCUGAUAACUUUUAGUAUUUGACUAUUUCAAUCAAAAGUCAAAUUUGGAUAUUAAUAUUCAGUCAGUUUUGAUAUUUAUCAUUUCUGCUUUACUUAUGUGAGCUUCAAAUAGUUGUCAAUUCUGGUCAGAUGUGAAAAACAAUGUUUGUAAUUUUCUUGAGUUUUAACUUACAGGGUUCAAUAAAACUUAAACAAUCUAUGUUCUUGACACAUUAAAUUUGUUGUAAAAAUGGUCAAGCCUGAAAUUGCUCAACUCAGUGCAAUACUGUAAUAAUUUCUGAUGGCGUUUGUGGCUGUUCAAGAAUUAUUAAAAUAAAAAGGAAAAAUCUAAAGCUAAGGA